AUGGGCACUAUGCUUCAUUACGCCGUCACUGGUGCAUUCAUCAGUACUGCUGUUGUCAUCGGUGUGACAUUCGUGAUCAUCUUUGACGUUAUCAAUGACAUCAACGAAUUCCAGAGGGACAUCGAAAAAGAUCUCGAUCAGUUCAAGCUCAUUGCCAACGAUGCAUGGAAGACAAUGAUGGGAGCUCAACAAAAUGAAAACGCUACGGCAUUUGGCUCGAUUAGAAUCCGAAGAGGUGGUAGCUACAAUGUCGGCGCUGGUGGCGGCUCCUACAGGGCUGGCGGUUCUUACGCAGGUGGAGGUGGUGGCGGUGGUGGCUAUAGAGCCGGCGGUUCUUAUGCAGGUGGCAGUAGUGGCGGUUACGCACGUGGAGGCGGCUGUCAAUGCGCAGCUCAAGCUGCAGGUUGCCCACGAGGGCCACCAGGACCUCCCGGCCUACCGGGACUACAAGGAGAAGACGGUGAACCAGGUCUUCCUGGAAGGCCAGGCGGAGCCGCUGUAGCUGCAGAAGGAUCUCAUUCUAGUGGAUGCAUUCAGUGUCCAGCUGGACCACCAGGUCCACCCGGACCUGAUGGAGGUCCUGGUCCGGCUGGAGCUCCAGGAAACCCCGGACAAGACGGAGAAAGCUUGGGAGGAGGCAUGCCAGGACCUCCUGGUCCUCCCGGAGCACCUGGCGCAGAUGGACAAAAUGGUAUGCCUGGAAAUGAUGGAGCACCCGGUGCACCAGGAACGAGGUCAUCCAGUCUACCAGGGCCAGCAGGACCAGCCGGACCAGCUGGAGCACCUGGAAUGCCAGGGCAACCUGGCGGCUUCAACGGAGUAGGACGACCAGGCCCUGCUGGACCACCUGGUCCCCGUGGUAACAACGGAGCACCAGGAGCACCAGGAGCUCCUGGAGCACCCGGCUCUCAUGGAGGACCAGGAUCUGAUGCCGCGUACUGCCCAUGUCCUCCACGUGCUGGAGGGGGAGCCCCUAUGGGUACAAUGCUUCAUUACGCUGUCACUGGUGCACUCAUCAGUACUACUGUUAUAAUCGGUGUGACAUUCGUAGUCAUCUUCGACAUUAUCAACGACAUCAACGAAUUCCAGAAGGAUGUCGAGAAAGAUCUCGAUCAAUUCAAGCUCAUUGCAAACGACGCUUGGAAGACAAUGAUGGGAGCCCAACAAAAUGAAGGCGCUACGGCCUUUGGCUCGAUCAGAAUUCGAAGAGGUGGCAGCUACAAUGUUGGCAGUAAUGGUGGUUCUUCCUAUAGAGCCGGGGGCUCCUACGCAAGUGGCAGUAGUGGCGGUUACGCACGUGGCGGCGGCUGUCAAUGCGCAGCUCAAGCUUCAGGUUGUCCACGAGGACCACCAGCUGUAAAUUUUAAUUGUAAAACUCGUACAACUCUUGAAGGACCUCCCGGCCUACCCGGAAUGCCAGGAGAAGACGGAGAACCAGGUCUUCCUGGACAAGCAGGUGGAGCCGGAAUGGCUGCAGAAGGAUCAUAUUCCAAUGGAUGCAUAAAAUGUCCAGCUGGACCACCAGGUCCACCCGGACCAGAUGGGGGUCCUGGCCCGGCUGGACCGCCAGGAAAUCCCGGACAAGACGGAGAAAGCAUGGGAGCAGGCAUGCCAGGACCUCCUGGUCCUCCUGGACCACCUGGAGCCGAUGGACAAAAUGGUAUGCCCGGAGAUGAUGGAGCACCUGGAGCACCAGGAACGAGGUCAUCUGGUCUACCGGGACCAGCAGGACCACCCGGACCAGCUGGAGCACCUGGAAUGCCAGGAGAGGAUGGCGGUUACAAUGCAGGAGGAAGUCCAGGGCCUGCUGGGCCACCUGGUGCCCCUGGUAACGACGGAGCACCGGGAACACCAGGAGCUCCUGGAGCACCUGGCUCCGAUGGAGGGCCAGGAACUGAUGCUGCAUACUGCCCGUGUCCUCCACGUGCUGGAAAACCAACUGUAAGUGCGCUAGCCUAUAACACUGGAAAAUCAUAUUCAACAGGUGGAAGCAGAGCUAGUAGCUACAGUGGACCAGUGAAAGUUGGAAGGCCAUCAGGAGGCAGUUACAAUCAAGGCGCUCGAGGCUCGUACAAAAGACGUCGCGUCGUUCACGCUACUGCUUAG